CGCAGGCUGCUGGCUAAAUCCAACCGUCUCACCACAACUAGGAAUGCUGUAUGGGCUCUGUCUAACCUGUGUAGAGGGAAGAACCCCCCUCCCGACUUCACCAAGGUGUCUCCCUGUCUGAGUGUGCUGUCCAGGCUGCUGUUCAGUAGUGACCCAGAUGUGUUGGCAGAUGCCUGCUGGGCCCUCUCCUACCUGUCUGACGGACCCAAUGACAAGAUACAGACCGUCAUCGACUCUGGGGUCUGCCGCAGACUGGUGGAGCUACUCAUGCACAGUGACUAUAAGGUGGUCUCUCCUGCGCUGCGUGCUGUGGGAAACAUAGUGACAGGCGAUGACAUUCAGACUCAGGUGAUUCUGAACUGCUCGGCGUUGCCAUGCCUAUUACACCUGCUCAGCAGUCCCAAGGAAUCCAUCAAGAAGGAGGCCUGCUGGACUGUGUCUAACAUUACAGCUGGGAACAGAGCACAGAUCCAGACGGUGAUAGAUGCCAACAUCUUCCCAGUGCUGAUAGAGAUUCUUCAGAAGGCAGAGUUCCGCACCAGGAAGGAAGCAGCGUGGGCUAUAACC